AUGGGAAGUCUCGCUGGACAUCAUAGUGACGUCAUGAAUGGGUCGCCGGAAGGAGACGAUGUGACGCUAAAUGAUCCUAAACAAUCCGGCAAGACAAUUGAAGACAUGGAUAACUUAUCUAACGAGAAACCGAGAGAGAAUUCUGUUGAUGUCGUCUAUGCUGGAAACAGCAGGCUUCAAAAUGGAAAUACAAGUCUAUACAGAUGUCAUGUGUGCCACCAAUAUUUCGAACGUACGUUCGAUUUUGUGACCCAUCUACAGACUCACGCAGGUUUUCUCUCGCCCAGUGACCUCCUGUUAUGCUUUGUAUGUGGAACCCAAUGUGAGGAUGCAAAUGGACUGUUAACACAUUUGGGAACACACGAUGACAAAGAACCUCCGAGAUGUUCCAUAUGCAGUGAACCAUACAACCACUUCAGUCGGUUACAUACGGGUCCUAAGCCAUUUAAAUGCAGCUUGUGUCUGCGGACUUUUCGGAGAAGCACUGAGUUUCACACUCAUUUAACCAUGCAUUCAGGUGUUGAUCCUUACCAAUGUGAGGUUUGCAACGUGGGUUUCAGUAGGAAAGACCGAUUGCGAAUACACAAAGAAACGAUGCACAAUAUGACAUUUGAGUUUUGUAAAAUAUGCAAAAGACAUUAUGAAAACGAGUCCUUUGAAGAACACAAAAAAAGUCAUAACAGAUUCAUGUAUGUGGAGUGCGAUUUGUGUCACAAAACCUUCAACGUACUCAGUACUUUGGCGAGACACUGGGAGUAUCAUGUGAAAAAUAGUUUCACAUGUAAUUUAUGUGACCGUAAAUUCAAUGACUUCUCUCUCCUUAAAUCACAUGUGAAGACACACUUGUUGAAGCUAUCACACUCCUGCACCUUCUGUCAUCUCAAGUUUUACACCGCAAAGAACCUCUUACUUCACAAGAAAAGUCAUUUUAAGAACGCACCAAAUCAAUUCGUCUGUAAAACAUGCGGUGCUGACUAUCCCACUGAAAGAAAAUUACGUGAACAUCAAAUGAAAUGGAACCACGCGACAUUUCAGUUCCACCAGUGUGGGAGGUGUCCCAAGCGGUUUCUCUCUGUCAGAUCGCUCUACCGACAUGAGAAAUCCAUGCACAGAGGUGAGCGUUGUUCAUGUCAGUUGUGUGGGAAAUGGUUUACUAUCCCGGAAAACCUGACGUCUCAUAUGAGGAGUAUACACCAUAGCAAAGAUUCCGUUCAUCAAUGCGGAAUCUGUAACAUCAGCUUUAGUAAUGAUAAAGAACUGAACGUUCAUAACACAACAAAACAUCCCACAGUGCCAAAAGAACGCGUGACUUUCCUAUCUUCCAUAAGCAAUGAUAAUUCAAAGGAGGCAUCUGCAUCGACAAGUCCGUUAUCUGUUUAUGAAACUCGGAACGUAAAGUACACACGUGAUUCUACGUCUGUACAUCUUGCUGUUAACAAUGAUCAUAUGAACGACGGAGCAGGAGAAAGAGGGGAAGUGGACCAGACCAGUAACCGCCCAGCUCGUUUUGUUUGUCGUUUUUGUGGGAAGUCAUUUUCGGGACAUCAUUGGGGCAUGCUACACAAUAGGAAACACAAAGUGUCUGAAAUUGUGAAAAGAUGUGAAAAGUGUCGUAAAACGUUUGGACGACUCGAGCAAUAUACAAGACACCAGUGUGAUGAGAGUAAGAUAAAUAGUUAUGAGUGUGAUAUCUGUGACGAAGAGUUUGCGAGUUCGUUCAUGUUGGCGCGUCAUCAGGCAAUACACAAUGGACCGAUGCUAAAAUGUGAGAAGUGCGAAAGAAUCUUUUCCAGAAAGGUUAACUUAAACAAACACAUAGCAAAGGGUCACUCUUCAACACUGAAAUUUAAGUGUUCUUUGUGUCCAAAACAUUUCUUUAAAAAGGAACCAUAUUUACUCCAUCUACAAACACACGUGAAAGAAAUAAGAAAGUGUACCGUCUGUAACAUCGAGUUUCCAUCCAAAGAGAAAUUUGAUGAGCAUAUCCCUGAACGCCAUGAAGUUCGAAACAUGUACAAAUGUCUUAAAUGUACCGACGAGUUUGAGUCCAUACUCAGUUACCAGGUUCAUCAGCUCACGCACACCGCAACCAAGAUUCAUAAAUGUAGCGUUUGUGAUAUGAAAUUCAAAGAAAAGCAUCAGCUCAUCGUUCACCAAAAAGUCCAUAAUACUACGCAGGAUAUCACGUGCAAUUGGUGUGGCAUGGGAUUUAUAAACAAACAAAGAUUGCGAAAACACCAGUACCGAAAUAAGUGUUGGAAAGGAAGAUCAUUCCGAUGCGUCUUUUGUGGGAAAAUGUUUCAGCGUUUUGACCUACUGCAGGCGCAUACCAAAUCACACGUGAAACCUAGUCAAGUCCUUUCCUUGGAGUCUUUUCAAGACGAGGUAACUAUGAAUGAGGGUAGUAAUGGCGCAAUUUCUGAUGCUGUUGACGACAAUGUUGUAUUCGAUUUGUCAGAGAAUAUUGAUCCGAACGGGCAUACUCCAGCUUCUGAAACUAGCGAGGCCACAGUGGACGUUACUGUUUCUAACUCGAAUGUUUUGAUCGACGACGAUGUUGAAGUGGAGAAUGACGACUGGCAAGAAGAGUCUGAUGACUCUGGGCAAGAUCUUGCCGACAGUGUCAUGUACAGCUGUGGGGAAUGUAACAAUGAAUUUUCCACUCUCGCCGACCUUCAACGCCAUAUCGAUGAUCACAACAAAGAUUCUUCCACCGCAGAUCAAACAAAACACGACACACUGGAAGUAAACAAAAAUAUUGCGACAAGCCAGACAUCUGGUUCAGAAAAGCUAUCAUGUGAUCACGAUAAAUCAGCACAAGGUCCGUCAGGAAAACUCUCCAUCAGAGCCCAAGAUGACCGUAGUGGCCAGAUCAGGAGUGAUAACAAGGGCGUAGGGAAUUCAGAACCCUACAGAUGUGGUCUCUGUCAGGAAACGUUCCAUAGCAUUGCUAGGUUAAAUGGCCACAUUUCCAAACAUGAAGACGACCAGAAUUCGUAUAAAUGUAGUGUGUGUGGGAUAGUGAUUGAUUCGAUACUAUCAUUUCACUCUCACUGUGUAAGCCAUUCAUCUAGCGAUAAGGAAUCUGUAUCUAAAUUGGAAAAUAUUAAACAGACGCGACCACGUGUGAGCGUAUUUGAAAUGGAAUUUUUGACAUCAUCAUCUCAGGAUAGCAAUGAUGAACGUCCGAUUGGAAAUGAAAUAUCAACAACCAACUUGUUUGACACUGAAAGUAAGAAAGGCAAACAUCUUGUUAAAAAACAGAGUUCAAAAGAUGAACCAGUAAAAGUGGAACGCCUUGGUAUAUUUGACCUCUUGAAUUUUAAUACAUCCACGGAAGAUAAGAUAACGAAGGAUGCAUUGAAAUGCGACAUUUGUGAAAGAAUAUUUGAUUCUGAAUCUGAACACCAGCGUCACAGAAAACAGCACAGGAGUGAAAAGGAAACCCAGGUGGGGGAUCAGAGUGAAUGUAGUUCGAAAAAAGAAAGUAUAACGAUUAACGAUGCCAAGUCGCUCUGUGCAGACAAAGAUGGUAGUGUUUUAGAUUCAACAAUGCUAUAUAAGUGUGGCAGAUGUGGUCUCUCGUUUUCGAUACCAUCAAAACUCGAGGAACAUAUCAGGGGGCAUUUAGAUAUGGAUAUUUCCAAGGCAUGUCCCCAAGAAAGCGUGUUACCGAUGGUAUCAGGUACUUUUUCAACUGAGGACAAAGACCUCCCAGAACCGGAAGUACCUCUCCUAUCUAAUAGUGAUAAAUCAAAUGCCGUGUCACGGGUUAAAAUGCAUACUUGCGAUGCCUGUAAAUGUGUUUUCCGGUCAGCGGAAGAUUUGCAUUUACACUGUCUCGUCCAUGUUACAUCACCCACAAUAAAAAUUCAAAGAUUGAGUAUACUGAUUAAAGCCUUUUCCGGGUCGGUCCUUAUCAAGAACCUCCCUGCUGGCAUGUACAAGAAAAGGCUAUGUUUGCAGGAAACGUUACGAAAAGAUAAUUUUGAUAAUAAUUUUCAUGAGCGUGAAACUUCGGACGGGAAAUGUGCCAUACACAUUGAAAACGAGUCGACAAGUAACCACAAUCAUGAAGACCGAAACGUUAAUAAGAGCAAAACCUGUGGUGAUCAUUUUUCGUCCUUGGAUGACCUUGGGACACACGUGCUUCAUACACAAACCAAUCCUGUAUUGCGCUCUAUUUUGCAGUCACCUGUAUAUGACCGUAGCGAUGUGACGACAUUGUCGAAUCGUCCUGUUGCACAUCUUAACAAAAACAAAGAGAAGGGUGUGCUCGGAGGAAAAAUAAGUCUCGUAUGCGCAGUUUGCAAUAGAACCUAUCCUAAUCUACAUUCCCUUCGUGUACAUGAAGGGAGGUCACACCCAAAAGAAGAAUGCAGUACAUGUGGGAUGAAAUUUUCGAGCCUUUUACAACUUAACGCCCAUGACUGUGCUUCAACGGACAACCCGUUCAAAUGUCUGAUAUGUAAUCGAGCAUUUGGAUCUCUACAAGGGAUUCGUUUACAUAGUAAUUAUCACACAAGAGAGGAGUACGCUCGUCGUCCAUCAACAACUCACAACUUCAAAUGUUUACUAUGUAAUCAAUCCUUUCUCACAUAUCUAAAACUCCGAGGUCAUGUAAUUGUGGCUCAUAGCGAAAAAAUGCAGAGAAAAACCAACAAAACAGGAGACAAAACCAGUGAAAUAAACGAAACUUUAUCUCGGACGGACAGCACUGUCAAUCAAACUCAAACGCCUUCGAUCGAUGAAAAUUUAUCCUCAUUCCAAAAGGAUUCUCAAAUCGCUUCCACAUCUUCGUCGUCAAUCCUACCCACGGUUAGUCUAAACAGUCAGUGCCUGAUCUGUUGUAAAGCGUUCCCAUGCACGUCCGCACUGAGUGAAAAUUGUAGACAAUGUCAUGCCGGCUCUAAGCUUCUUUUUCCUUUCAAAUGUCUGAUCUGCCAACGGACUUUCAGUACGAUAAGAGGAAUACGGCUUCAUAUGGUAAUUCAUGACGACGACGCGUCAGAAAAAUCUCGUGAACGAAUAUUGUUUGCAGAUACCGCUACCUCAGAAAGUGUUCAAGCCAAGAUGCAAAAAGUGACGGAAACCGCAUUGGCAACAAAACCAGAUGUCAGAGGAAAUAUAGAGAACCAAUGUUUAAUGUGUGGGCGAGUUUGUAAUUCCAAACAGGGGCUUAGAAUACACAUGAAGUAUCAUCCAAAAAUCUCCGCCCGUCGGAUAGUGUUUCGACCAAACCCUUCUAGAGCUGAUGAGCCUGAAUCUGAAAACGUUAAAACACCAAGUGCGAUAAAGCAGACCAAUAAUGUUACUGAUAGUAUGAAGAUUGGAGCGAUGAGAUACAAAUGUCGGUUUUGUACACGUCAGUUCGACGCAACCAAAUUCUUGUUGCGUCAUAUGAAAACACACACACACAAGUUCCAGUGUGAUGUGUGUGGUGAAGUGUUCAAGGACAUAUGGACUUACCAGUCACACAGAAGUUCACAUAAGACACAGAUUUUACAUAACUGUGAUCUCUGUCUAAAGCAGUUUCCUAACCUCAAUAGUUUGGAAUGUCACAAAAAGGGACACACAGGGAAAUGCCGUCCCUACAGAUGUACCGUAUGCAAUGUAGAGUUUUUUUCCCUCAGUACACUGAAGAAACAUGCCAAAGCCCACACAGAAAACAGAAAUGAGGAAAAGUGCGACACAUUAACAACAAGAAGUACUAAUGCUGCAAGGAAGAAAACACGCAAAAUCGUUAACAAUGAACCACAAGUAACAGCUGUAGCACAUAAUAUUGAAAACGAUGGUGGAGAUUGUGUUGAAUCAGAUGUAAAUGAUCUUGUUGAAAACAAAGACACGGACAGUGUAAACACUUGUAUGAAAUGUGACCAGAAAUUCACAAGUGUCAAAAAUGUAUCCGUACACAAUACGAUACAUUGUGAUAACUGUAAAGAGACUGCCGUUGAAACACUCACACAAGAUAAGUGCCCUGUUAGUACCAAUAGCGUCGACACUGUCACUGCACAACUAAACCUGUUGGAUGAUAAGAAGAGAAGCAAACUUGUAAAAAAAGGCAUUGUAGACGGAUCAACUGGCGAGAUAAAUUCAGAGAGUUAUAAAUGCGACAUUUGUGAUCAGAGUUUUAAAACUCUUGAAGAGAUUGGAGACCACUGUAGAUCCCAUACGGAAUCAAAUGAUACGGAUUUGAAAGAUAACAAAUCUCGUUCAGGGAAAGUAUCCGGGUCGAACAUGUACACGUGCAACAUAUGUGACAAAGAUUAUAAGACAAUAUUUAGUCUAAAAAGACAUUACAAACUCCACGAGGGCGACAAGAUGUACAUAUGUGAUAUCUGUGAUAAGACCUUCAACAAUGCUGCCGGCCUCCGAUUACACCUCUUAACCCAUAACCAAAUUUCUCUGCACAAAUGUAGCGUUUGUAGUCAGCAAUACAAUAGCAUUAAAACGCUCAAGACUCAUAAACGAACACAUCAUCAGUGUUCAGAAGAUGUUUGUGUCAGAUGUUCUAAGGAAUUUGUAAACCAUCAAGACUACGUGGAUCAUGAAAAGGAGUGUGAAAAGUCUAGACAAUUCAUUUGUGACAUAUGCGGAAAGGGGUUCGUGAGGACAACAGCCCUAGCAGAACACAGGAGAAUACACGAGGAUACCCGACAAUUUCGAUGUUAUGUGUGUAACAAUAGGUACGCGCUUGCAAACAAUCUCAAGCGUCAUAUGGAAACAGCUCACGACCAAAAGGAUAUAGAUGUAAUAAGAAGGAAACCUAACAGAAACAAUGUUCCAGAAAAAAACGACCUGUCACAAGUGAAAAUGAAUACGUCGGGGGCACAGGUACCGAUAACAACGGGUCGUCGGGCCUCUGAUGAUCUGCAAUACAAUGGUAGUCAUGGUAACAAAACCUUCACUAAUGUCGACUCCCUACAGAGACGCAAAACUCUGCACUCCAAUGCUCUGAACGAGCAUACGUGCAAGGUGUGUGGUAAGACGUUUGGCACUAUUGUCGGACUUAAAAAGCACAUGAAAAUCCACAACGACGAUAAUGUAGCGUGUCUAACUCUGGAUAGCCAGGAUUUACAAACACGUGAGAAGGCAACGGUAGAUGUUAAGUGUACGGUAUGUGGGGAACAAUUCCGGGAUAACGAAAAUCUUGAGGCACAUGUUAAAAUGAUGCACGCAAAUAAAGACACCAAAGGUGAAACGUGUUGUGUGUGUGGAGCAGUGUACAAAGAGGCGAUUAAGUUAGAAAAACAUUUAUGGAACGUUCAUCGUGAAAGACUCUUCACGUGCGAUACCUGUCAGGACACAUUCGGAACUAAAGAUGCCCUUAAACGGCACAAAAUUCACAGACAUGAUGCUUUGAUACAUAAAUGUGAGGAUUGUUUCAUUCCAUUUGCCACGAUCGAAAGACUUCAGUACCACAUAGCGGAAUGUCAUCCGCAACAACCAUACGCCUGUACUGACUGCCAAAUACAGUUCCAGUCCAUGUCGGAAAAACAACGUCACAUGACUUCAGUUCAUGCCAAAACCGCUAACAAUCCAGUAAAUUCGACACAGAAUGCAAUACUUUUUCCGUCGACUUGUAAAAGCACACCUAAGGAAAAUGCAGUAAGCACUAAACCUAGAUAUCUUUGCAACUGUAAGAUAUGUAAGAAAGAUUUCCAGACAAUUGUUGAGCGUCAAAAACACAUGGUAAAAGUCCACGGUGCCACAAGAUAUCGUAUAUCUUGCUCUGUUUGCGGACAGAUGUUUUCCACUAAAGGUCGACUUGAGCAGCACAAAACAUUACAUACCAAGAAGAUAAACUUAAAAUGUCCAACUUGUAAUAAGGUGUACCAAAAUCGUUAUGCCAUGAUAGCUCAUUUACGACAUCACUCUGGGGACUGGCCAUAUACUUGUACCAAAUGUAAACUGCCCUUUAACAGCGAGAAACGCCUAAAAUCACAUGUGUGUAUUCCCACAAAUAAUAUAUGACGUCCGCCACGACAUAAGUGAAACAGGAAGGAAGCAGACGAUUAACUGCUGUACCAUGGAGUUCAACCGAAUAGCGUCAAUAUAAAUAAAAAACACUUGGAUGUCUUAUCUAAACAACUGUUUGUCAGCGAGAAAGUUUACAGGCUAUGGGGGAAAAUGGCCAUUCAAAUUAUUUUAAGUAUGUGUAAGCUGAUGUUGGAAAAUGCAAAGGAGAACGAUUUUUUCCACCGAUAUUCGUAUUAAUAGAAAAGAUAGU